AUCUCUCCUUCUUGCUGUCAUUUUGGAGAACCCUUCAAUCCCAUGACAUAUAUAAACACUUGACCUAGAUCGUAUAUCCUUUAAAAGACCAAAGCCCUAAAACAUUCUCUCAAGAAAAGAGAAAAAUGAAAAAUAACCCAUGUUUCGUUCUUGUUUUCUUUCUUAUUGUUUCUUGUUUCAUAGAUGAAAGCCAUGGUAAGAGACAAGGGGAUGCACUUAAUAAACUCUUCAAAGCAAAGUUUUCUGGUAACUCAAACAUUGACACAAGCUCUUAUGAGGUAUUUGACCAAUUCCAGGCCGAGAAAAUUAGAGGGUUAAACAAGACAAGUAUUAACACUGUUAUUGCAUCAUCAGAAACAGGAUCAAAAGAAGCAGAUAGGAUUGUAAGAUUGCCUGGACAGCCUCAGGUUAAGUUUUCACAAUAUGGUGGUUAUAUUACUGUUGAUAAAGUAGCAGGCAGGGCUUAUUACUAUUAUUUUGUUGAAGCUGAAAUUUCCAAAUCAUUGCCUCUUCUUCUAUGGCUUAAUGGAGGGCCUGGCUGUUCAUCACUGGCAUAUGGGGCAAUGCAAGAGCUUGGUCCAUUUAGAGUACAUAGUGAUGGCAAAACACUUUACAGCAACCAAUUUGCAUGGAAUAAUGUUGCAAAUGUUUUAUUUCUGGAGUCUCCUGCUGGGGUAGGAUUCUCAUACUCAAAUAGGACAUCAGAUUACAAUAAUUCUGGUGAUAGACACACAGCUGCAGAUAAUUAUAUGUUCUUGUUAAGAUGGCUUGAAAGAUUUCCUGAAUACAAAGACAGAGAUUUCUACAUUUCUGGGGAAAGUUAUGCAGGGCAUUAUGUGCCUCAGCUUGCACAUAACAUUCUUUAUCAUAACAGAAAGGCUGGAAAAAACAUUAUCAACCUCAAAGGAAUUGCAAUAGGAAAUGCUGUGAUCAACGAUGAAACAGAUAGUAUAGGGAUGUAUGACUACUUCGCAACUCAUGCUUUAACUUCACCAGAGAAUGUGCAGAACAUCAAACAACACUGCAAUUUCUCACCACAGUUUAAAAACAACCAGUCUAGUGAAUGCCUUGCAGCUACUAGAAAGUCUGAUAGAGAUACUGUCAAUAUUGAUAUUUAUAAUAUCUAUGCUCCCUUAUGCCACAACUCAAAUCUCGCUGCCAAGCCAAAGAGAGCUUCAUUGACGGAAUUUGAUCCAUGCAGUGAUUAUUAUUCGUUUGCAUAUUUCAAUAGAGCUGAUGUUCAAGAAGCAAUGCAUGCCAAUGUCACAAAACUUAAUCAUGUUUGGGACCUCUGCAGUGUUGUCCUUGGUGACUGGAAAGAUAGUCCCUCAACCAUUCUUCCCUUACUCCAAGAGUUCAUGUCAAGUGGACUCAGAGUCUGGGUAUAUAGUGGUGACACAGAUGGAAGGGUACCUGUUACAUCUACUCAGUACUCAAUAAACAAGAUGAAUCUUCCUACCAAAACUCCAUGGUAUCCUUGGGCUCUUGAUGGAGAGGUUGGUGGGUAUGCACAAGUUUAUAAGGGAGACUUGACAUUUGCUACAGUAAGAGGAGCUGGACAUGAAGUACCUGCUUACCAGCCUGCAAGAGCACUUUCUUUGAUCAAGAACUUCCUUUCUGGCCAACCUCUCCCACAGGCUGCAUUUUAGUAAUUAAAAAAAAAAAAUCCUCAUCAAUUCUGUUGGCAUUUUUAUUGAUCUAUUAUGAAACUAUCCAUGUUAGAUUUUAGAUGAUUGUAUUAAAUAAUUUGUAAAUGCCUUCCAUGUAAAGAAAGAAAAAAACAAAAGGCUAAUUCUACGGUACACCCAGUUUAUCUAUAAGCUUGACCCUUUAGGCUUUAUCUUUAGUAUUAGGUAAAAGUUUUAACUUGGUAAGAAGGAUGCUUUAGAUUACUUAUUUGAUGUGGAUCCCGCUGUUAAUUUAUUUUACUUUUGUUAUAUUUAGUUAGUGUAGGUUUCACUUAAUAUUCUAAUUAAUUAUUUAUUAGAAUUAAGUGCGCUAAAUUAUGUAAUAAUAUGGAAUUCAUGAAACUAGUGUGGACUAAU